AUGGUGCAGACACAGUGGCUGUCCUCCACCUGCGUCCUUCCUACCACCCAGGUGAUUUGGGCCUACCCUGCUCUGCCACACCCCUACCCUGCUCUGCCACACCCCUACCCUGCUCUGCCACACCCCUACCCUGCUCUGCCACACCCCUACCCUGCUCUGCCACACCCCUACCCUGCUCUGCCACACCCCUGCCAUACCACUUCCCUACCCUGCUCUGCCACACCCCUACCCUGCUCUGCCACACCCCUGCCAUACCUCUUCCCUACCCUGCUCUGCCACACCCCUGCCCUGCUCUGCCACACCCCUACCCUGCUCUGCCACACCCCUGCUAUACCUCCUCCCUACCCUGCUCUGCCACACCCCUGCCAUACCUCUUCCCUACCCUGCUCUGCCACACCCCUGCCAUACCUCUUCCCUACCCUGCUCUGCCACACCCCUGCCAUACCUCUUCCCUACCCUGCUCUGCCACACCCCUGCCAUACCUCUUCCCUACCCUGCUCUGCCACACCCCUGCCAUACCUCCCCCUACCCUGCUCUGCCACACCCCUGCUAUACCUCUUCCCUACCCUGCUCUGCCACACCCCUGCCAUACCUCUUCCCUACCCUGCUCUGCCACACCCCUGCCAUACCUCCCCUACCCUGCUCUGCCACACCCCUGCCAUACCUCUUCCCUACCCUGCUCUGCCACACCCCUGCCAUACCUCUUCCCUACCCUGCUCUGCCACACCCCUGCCAUACCUCUUCCCUACCCUGCUCUGCCCCCUGCCAUACCUCUUCCCUACCCUGCUCUGCCACACCCCUGCCAUACCUCCUCCCUACCCUGCUCUGCCACACCCCUGCCAUACCUCUUCCCUACCCUGCUCUGCCACACCCCUGCCAUACCUCUUCCCUACCCUGCUCUGCCACACCCCUGCCAUACCUCUUCCCUACCCUGCUCUGCCACACCCCUGCCAUACCUCUUCCCUACCCUGCUCUGCCACACCCCUGCCAUACCUCUUCCCUAACCUGCUCUGCCACACCCCUGCCAUACCUCUUCCCUACCCUGCUCUGCCACACCCCUGCCAUACCUCUUCCCUACCCUGCUCUGCCACACCCCUGCUAUACCUCUUCCCUACCCUGCUCUGCCACACCCUGCCAUACCUCUUCCCUACCCUGCUCUGCCACACCCCUGCCAUACCUCUUCCCUACCCUGCUCUGCCACACCCUGCCAUACCUCUUCCCUACCCUGCUCUGCCACACCCCUGCUAUACCUCUUCCCUACCCUGCUCUGCCACACCCCUGCCAUACCUCCUCCCUACCCUGCUCUGCCACACCCCUGCCAUACCUCCUCCCUACCCUGCUCUGCCACACCCCUGCUAUACCUCCUCCCUACCCUGCUCUGCCACACCCCUGCCAUACCUCCUCCCUACCCUGCUCUGCCACACCCCUGCCAUACCUCCUCCCUACCCUGCUCUGCCACACCCCUGCCAUACCUCUUCCCUACCCUGCUCUGCCACACCCCUGCCAUACCUCCUCCCUACCCUGCUCUGCCACACCCCUGCCAUACCUCUUCCCUACCCUGCUCUGCCACACCCCUGCUAUACCUCUUCCCUAACCUGCUCUGCCACACCCCUGCCAUACCUCCUCCCUACCCUGCUCUGCCACACCCCUGCCAUACCUCCUCCCUACCCUGCUCUGCCACACCCCUGCCAUACCUCCUCCCUACCCUGCUCUGCCACACCCCUGCCAUACCUCCUCCCUACCCUGCUCUGCCACACCCCUGCUAUACCUCCUCCCUACCCUGCUCUGCCACACCUCCUGCCAUACCUCUUCCCUAUCCUGCUCUGCCACACCCCUGCCAUACCUCCUCCCUACUGCUCUGCCACACCCCUGCCAUACCUCCUCCCUACCCUGCUCUGCCACACCCCUGCUAUACCUCCUCCCUACCCUGCUCUGCCACACCCCUGCCAUACCUCCUCCCUACUGCUCUGCCACACCCCUGCCAUACCUCCUCCCUACCCUGCUCUGCCACACCCCUGCCAUACCUCCUCCCUACCCUGCUCUGCCACACCCCUGCCAUACCUCCUCCCUACCCUGCUCUGCCACACCCCUGCCAUACCUCCUCCCUACCCUGCUCUGCCACACCCCUGCUAUACCUCUUCCCUAACCUGCCCUGCCACACCCCUGCCAUACCUCCUCCACUACACUCCACUACCCAGGUCCUUCACACCCUAUGUGAGCAGAGGUCACCUGAUUCACUGUGGUGACAUGGGAAGAGAAGAGGAGCACUUAAAACACUUCAUCUAA